UUGUUAUAUCAGUGUCACAUGACCAGGUAGUAAAUUGAAAUGAUUAUCGUUGAUAGGGAUGGCAAAAUAUUUGCGAUAAACAUCAGAUAAAGAUAACUACAGAGGAGUUUUAACUUUAAACAAGAAUAGGAAGUUCUCUUUAGUUUAGACAUGGCUGUCCCAGGUAAAAAGAUGCCCAAAAAUUUUUCAUCAUCAACAAGUAUGAGCUCUGAUGAAUACGUGAAAGUUUACUGUCAGCCAUGUGACCAUGAUGGUACUCGACUUCCUGCCCAUGGUUACUGUAAAGAUUGCAGGGAGCAUCUGUGCGAGACUUGUUUCGUGUUUCACAAGAGACAUACCCUUUCAAGGCAUCAUACUCUUCUAGAUAAAAACAGCAUGCCACAAACCAUGUCUUCAGCGUCUGUUCAUCCCAGCCAGCCUGACCUUACAAAACCUUGCACUAAACACAUGAAAAAAGUGAUCGAGUUCUACUGUCAGAACCACAAAGCACUACUCUGCAGUGUAUGUGUUACUCUUGAACACACAGGUACAUCUUGCAAAGUCAACUACAUCCCUGAUAUUUCUGACCAGAUAAUAAACAGCAAAGAACAUCUAGAUAUCUUGAAAUCCCUGGAAACCAUUACCGAGCAAUGUCACAAGAAAUCAGAAGAUGUGAAGAAAAAUACUGCGAAGUCCAACAGUUCUUUGACAACUGUAUUGGCUGAUAUAAAGAAGUUUCGAAUAGAAAUAAAUCAAAGACUAGAUGAACUGAAAAAACAGGCUGAAGAUGCAGCAAAGGCCAUCCAUCAAGAAAAUAACAACAAUCUGAAGACAGUAGAAACAACUUGCGAUGAUGUAACCAAGUCUGUGAAAAAAUUAUCUGAUGCUAUUAAACAUCUCAACACAACCAAACAAACAGACAGCCUUUUCAUGGAGCUGAAAUUUGCUGAAGAAAUGAUCAAAGAUUAUGAGAAAAGUGUCAACCAGCUACCAGCAUUUGAUGUCAAAGAGUACAACUUUAUACCAAAUAAAGCAAUAUCAAACCUGCUUGACAAUGAGGGGUCACUGGGUACAUUUACAGAGAAAUCAUUAAAAGACACUAGCCCUCCUGCAGUUGAUAUAAAAUCCAGACAAACUUCACAUCAGGGUGAAAUCUGUGUAAAGACAUCAAAAGAUAAACGCAUAUGCUGGAUAAGGGGAAUGACUCUCCUUACUCCUGAUCUACUUAUCAUCACUGACUCCUUUAAUAAUGCUAUAAAAAUGGUGAAUACCCGCAGUCAAUCUGUUACUGACCAAUUACAACUAGAUACUACGCCAGUGGAUGUCACCUCAGUUACUGAUACAGAACUUGCUGUCACACUUCCUAACAAACAAAAUAUUCAGUUUAUAUCAGUCUCCUCAAACAAACUAAAGAUGAAGCAAAUCCUGAAGCUUGAUGGAAAAUGUUGUGGUAUAAGUUAUUGUCAGGGGAAACUUGUUGUGUCAUUUACUACUCCUGCAAAACUCCAAAUUCUAAAUACCAGUGGCACUAUACUGACAACAGUCAUAGGAGAAAAUAUUUUCAGCAAACCAAUACAUGUUACCACUAACACUAAUUCUAUCUAUAUAUCUGACUGGGAAAUGAAAACAGUUACAAGGUUAAACUGGCAGGGUGAGGUGAUUGGUAGUUAUGGUGGUAUGGUGGAGCCUGGAGCUAUAACACUGUCAGAUGAUGGUACUGUUUUGGUGUGUGACCCUUCCAGAAAUGUUAUAGAAGAGAUAGCAGGUGACUGCUCUACAGGAAAGAUUGUGUUGAAGGACCUCAAUAGUCCCCAUGCUUUAUGUUGGUGUGCUGGAACAAGCAAACUGUACUUCAGCUGUAAUACUGGAGUAGACAAAGAUAACAACUUUGUUCAAGUCUUCAAGCUGUUGUAACUUGGACAAAACUUACCAACAGUUAACCAAUGUAUACUGUGAAAUUAUGACUGAAUCUUGUGGAUUUCAUGAUUGUUUUAAUCCAUGAAAUCUAACACCAACAAUAAAAGAAUAAUCUUAUUUAUUUUAUUUUAUUUUUAAAGGGGCAUGCUUAUCAACAUAAUUUUUUUUGAAACAGAUUGCAACUGGUAUUAAAUAUUGAAAAUGAUCAACUAGUAUUGUUUAAGGUAAUGGACCCAUAAUACAGAUGGUAAAAAUUAUUAGGAUAGUUUGAUAAGAUUUUUUGUUCAUUUUAGGAAUUUCCUAAAAUUAAAACUGUAUUUAUUUUAUUAA